GAUGCAUCUACACAGCUGAUUUUUGUUUUGUUGUGAUUAGUUCAUUUGUUUUUAUUUAACUCGAUCGAACAAGUGUUUUUAGUUUAUACUUAAAAUAUCUAUUUCAAAGGCGCAUAUUCUCUUCAAUAGCUUUUAAAAUGAUUUUUCGUUACGGUUUAAGCUGUGCAGGAAAUAAAUUAAAAGAUAUUGUCGCAACUACAUGCAUGCACAGGAGCAGUCAUUUGCGCAGCAUAAGUUAUGUGCAGGGUCAGGAGCCAGAACCAAAAAUACGUGAAUAUUUCUAUUAUAUAGAUCACGAAGGCAUGCUUUUUUUAGACGACGCCAAGAUGAAAAACUUUACCUCUUGCUUUAAGGAAAAGCAAUUCUUGAAAUUCUUCUUUAGUCGCGUAAAACUGAAUGAUACAAAGCGAUAUCGUGAAGAUUUUCCGUAUUUAUCUUUAUGUGGACGUGAACGUAACUUCAUACGCUGUGAUGAUACACCAAUUGUGUUUACACAUGUGCUACCAGACGAUAAGGGUGGUGAUCGUUUGUUGUACGCACAUGCUGGGGAACAACUUACCACUGAAUUUUUACCACAAAAGAUUUAUAUGAAUCCGAAAACCGGACGUGUUUACCAUCCCGCAUGGUCUAAAGUGGGUGGCAUUGGUUUGAUACGCUCGAAAUUAGCUAUAGAGUUAAGCCGAAAUUUUGAAUUUAUCAAUGGCGAACAAGCACCACCUACGCAUUUCACAUGGCGUGAUAAGCGUUUGGGGCUGGAAAAUGAUUGGGUAAUAGAUACUCAACGUUUUGGUAUAUUUGAAGAAGUGUAAAAUUAAUAUUGUUAAAGUUUAGAACUAUUUUUUAUUGUUUUUGUAAAUAACUAGAAAUUAUUGCUAACUACUGAUUAUACAAUUUAAUUAAUACUUAACAUUUUAAUAACUAAAUACUACAACGCUAAAUUUUAUUACU